AUGGUAAACCGUCAUCCAUUCCUAGCUGUUCUAGCACUUUUCCUAGCAAUUUUAGUGACUUGCAAUGGUGAAACGGGCCAGCAUGAUGUCGCUAAGAGUCGCCAGAAGCGAAUCGUGUUCCCUCUCAACGCUGCCAUGGGAAUCAUUUUUGCAAUCGCGCUUCCGCUUGGGAUACCGGAUCGCAACAUUUUCGUUUCGUACAACUUCGAGGGCAACUACAACAAUCCUGCCGAUGCCAAUAUAUUCUCCGAAGGAUUUGCCAAUUAUAUUAAAGGCGUAGUGGAACCCUUAACGGCCCCUUCGCGACCAGUGGAGGACUAUGGUAUACGAAGAAGAAGUGUUUCAAAAAGUCAGAGAACAGCCUAUCGGCCUCAAAUUACUCGAAAACAUAUCUACAGGAUGCUGCUGAAACACUUUCAAAGUCAAAAUUUCAAUGGGACGGCAUGCCUACAAAGGAUCAUCUGUGAAGCUGCGUUGCAUCCGUUCGAUGAGCCGAACGGAUUGGUCGGUGAUUUGACACAGAUAAUAUUGAGCCCCUCGAUAUCAAGGGAUGAGAACAUACCCAAGGAGUACCUAGUCGCGGAAGUGAUGGGAAGCAAUGGCUCGUGUGCCCAGUAUCAAACCGGAUGCCCAAAGGAUCCAUCCAGAUCGCUCCUCAUCGUUGGGAUUGGUGUUCCGGUGCAGGAAAUACCGCACUCGGUCGUGUUCGGUUGGGUUUUGAAGGCUCAGUAUUAUCUGCCCUCUAAACCCGGUGACUACGAACCGGUCAAUGUGGAGAACUGGAACGAUAGCCGUCGAGCAUUUCCGGAACCACGAGCUCGCCGUGCGGUGGAACGGUACGAAGUGGAUAAUGUGUCGAUCCGUGUGGAACCGCUGCAGCCAUCGGAACCUGCCAAGCAACAGGACGAUGGAUUCGAUGAUGAUCUGCUCAUGGAUGAUGCUGAUGAGUUUACUGGGGCGGAUGAAAGUAAAGCAACCGAUGGUGAUACUAAGGCGAGUGAAGCAGAAGAGCACUCUUCCGGCACACCGGAACCGGGAUGCAAUGCCGAGCAGAGUAGAUGGUCGGUAUACCGUGCCAUCGAAACGAUGAGUGAGGGUUAUGGCUUUGGAGGAAGGCCCUGUAUGCUGCGGACCAUCUGUGAGGCUGCCGAGGCUCAAUUUACGCACACUGGCGGAGUGUUUGCUGAGCUGCUGCAUGUUAUGUUGAGUCCCUCGUCUACCAAUGAACCGACGUCAGACCAUCGUGACAACGAGUAUUUUCGAGCUGAACAAUUGGGUCGCUCUGGGGCACCGUGUGCUACAAUCUUCCGGGAGUGCUCCACUUCCCUGCUGGAUAUGUUCUCGGGCAUACACGAUAGCCCAUUCCGAACGGGUGCGUCAUCGUUCGGUGUACCUCAGCCCAGUUUCCUGCAUCCAGCGAUGCGAUGA